AUGACCGGCGCCGAGAGCGGCAGCAACCUGGUGCUGCUGGACGUGUUCGGCAGCCCAUAUGCGCAGUGCGUGCGCAUCGCGCUGGUCGAGAAGGACCUGGCGUACAAGCGCACGGAGGAGGACCUCGUGGCCAAGAGCGACAUCCUGCGGCGCUCCAACCCGGCGCACGCCGGCAAGGUGCUGGUGCUCCUCCACGCAUGGCGCGCCAUCUGCGAGUCCCUCAUCAUCCUGGAGUACCUCGACGGGGCCUUCCCGCCGCCGCCGCUCUUGUCGGCAGACCCCUACGCGCGCUCCCAGGUGGAUGGCUGGCGGGAGCAGGAGCAGGGGUUAGGAUUAAAAGGAGAUAACACAAGGAAAAGGAGAUCAGAUGUGCCUUUGUUUGUGUCAACUGUCAACUAUCCUGUUGCGUAG